AUGUCGAGACCUACGGAGAGCGAGAUAGCGAGUAGACUACCUUGGUCGGAAAUGGCUAGGGAUCGAACUUCCUCCUCACCCUCCGAUAGCUCCUCAUCGGAAUCCCCGGGUUCGGGAGGGACCCUUCUUGCAGGCGGCGGCGGCGCGGGAAUUACGGUCCCGCAGACUCUGGUGCAGGGCUAUGAACGGCCACUAGACUUCCUUCACUUGCUCUCGCUUGUACGUAGGGUGUGGCCAAAAAACGACGAACUUCGUACUUAUCGCCCCGUAUCGGUGGGGCUCAACACUUUGGGUGCGGGCUUGUCAUUCCAAGUUUCGCUAUAUCCGCUUGGAGCGAGGUCUCGGGACUUUCUCAAUAGGCGCGUGGGAUACGAUAUUGGUGACAAGUUUGUGGUGAAGGGAUUGAAGUUUGUUGACGAUUAUAACAAUGACAUCGCGAAGGACAAGUUGUAUGAUGCUUGCCUGAGGGAGAUACGGGCCCUUACGCAUCCGCCGUUGCGAUCUCAUCCGAACAUAAUCACGCUUUUGGGCGUUGCGUGGGAGCCAGAGCUUAACCACCACGACGUUGCCUGGCCAUUACUUGUGUUAGAGUACUCCGAAGAGGGCACGCUGAGAGACUACCAGACGGGAAAGCCAGAGAUGGAGUUUUUGGAGAAAAUGCAACUCUGCGAAGACGUUGGAAGGGCAUUAUUGGCUAUUCAUGGAAGUGGUAUAGUGCAUGGAGAUGUAAAGAGUGAGAAUAUACUCGUUUUCUGGUCGGUGGAGAAGGGAAGGAUGGUCGGAAAGGUUGGGGACUUUGGAUCUUCGGUCUUGGAUUUCAGGGAGGACGGGCGCAGGGGGUUACGGGCACAUACGAUUCCCUGGAAUGCCCCUGAAUAUGACGAGGAUAUCCCGAGGGAACACCUGAAAUUCACGGAUGUUUAUAGUUUCGGGAUGCUAAUUUUUCGCGUCAUGCUUGGAGGCAUCAAUCCGUUCAAGAUCGCCCCGUUCAAGUCUGGCGACGUGGAUAUUGAGCUACGAUCGCAAGAACUUAAGAGAGACCCCGAAUUUCUAUCACUAGUGGCAGUGAUGUUAUACGAGCGCUGCGAUGCCUCGGAAGCUGAUACUGUUUGCGAGGUUCUGGAAUUCACUUUACAAUACCUACCAACACGGCGGAAUCUUGAAAAAGCCGUCAUCGAGCUUUGCCGGCUUACAGGGAAUUCCGAGAAUAUACCUCCCGUCACUCUGUUAGAAGAAUUUGAUUACGAAGAUGUCAGUCUUACCUUCGCCGUAUUAGUUUAUAGUAGGCUAGCUAACCUUACUAGAUCGUUUUUGACGCUCACUGCUUGAAAGAGGAUAAUUUUUGCGUGCGGGCUUCCGUCAUUCAUGCUCUAGAAGCUGUUGCGUCCAGUAACUCGGUACAUGCACAUCGGGCCAGUUUCCAGCUGUUCCACUUAUUUCUUAAUCGUUAUGGCGAAGGCAUUACUGGUGCCUCAGAAAUGACGCUGGUAUGGCUAUUGCGUUACAUGGAUAGUGGGGGAUAUGAUAGGUUAGGACAUUUGGUCGCUCGAAUCUUUGAUGCAUUGGGUGCUCAGCUUGAUAAAGAGAUUCCAUUGCAAGCCUUACUGCGACAGGGGGCAUUAAAAGGAUCGCAUACAGCGUUUGAAGAUCUAAAGAAGUACUACCCCGACACGUAUGAUGAGACUCUUGCACUAUUCCGUGAACGUGGGGGGGCUAUGGGCGUGUCGCAGCGGUCUGCAUUGUUCCGGCGGGUAGAUGUAAGGAGUCUGGGUGGAAUAGCUGAUGCAAUCGGGAACUCGCCUGGUGUCGAGCUGUGUAAUAUUCACGUCACAGAAGACCAGGAUACAUUGUUGCAUUGUGCUGCUCGAUCAGGUUAUCUGGAAGUGGUUCAAUGUCUCAUAAGCAUGGGCAUAGACGUCAAUGUUCUUAACCGCCUUGGGGAGACUCCUUUGCUAGCAGCCAGUAGGGCAGGGCAUUAUGAAAUCUCUAGGUGUCUUAUAGAGGCGGGAGCUAGGGCGGACAAAACGAGCAUUUUCGGGGAAGGCCCGAUCCAUUUCUUACCGUUUUUCGACGAUCAACAUAUCGACUCCGUUUCUGAGUUGAUGGUCAGAAACGGCGCAGACGUAGAUGAGUGGGCAACGGAAAACCCACGGGCGGCUGAGCACGGAUUUUGGGGCCACUCCCCGUUGCAUUACGCAGUCGCGAGAAAUCACAUAGCUAGCAUUAGGGCUCUUCUCCGACUCGGUGCUGAUCCUUAUGCCAAGGAUGAGGGUUUUAGAUCGGCCAUUCGUUGGGCAUGCUUGCUUUGCCGUGCCGAGGCACUAGAGAUGAUGGUAGCGGUAUCAAGUCGUAGGCUUUCAUCGGACGACUCUGAGCCCAGCCCGCUAGCAGAAGCUGUCCUUGGUCCUGCAAGCCGUCUGGACAAUAUUGGAGAACAUGGACGAAACUAUGAGAAUGCCAAGAUAGCCACUCUUAAAGUUCUGGAUAAAUACAAAGCUAUCGAUUACGGGAAUAUGUACGGCUCUGCAUCUCUUACAAUACUCCACUAUACUGUUCUGGCAGGUUACCCAAUGGUAGUGAACUACCUCCUAACCCACACACCCUCAAAGCAACAUCUUGAUGUUGACCUUGAAGGCAAAACCCCACUGACGGUGGCGAUCCGCAUGGGGUACAGGGACGUCUUCGAAGUUCUACUUCGUCAUGGGGCAGACAUACACUUAACACCUGCGGCUACUCGGGGUCGUGCAAGCUAUCUUCACGUCUGUGCGAUUGCGGGUCACCGGGAUGUGUUCUUUCCGGAACAACUACUAAAGCAUGGAGCGCUGGUAGAUCGGAUGGAUGAAAGAGCGCGAACACCAUUUGCUUUAGCCGUCACUGACGGCAACUACCCGGUUGCUGAUCUUCUCCUUCAACACGGCGCAGAUCGGGACUAUGUUUGGGAGGGCUAUACUCUCUUGGCCCGGUUUCUAAUGAUUCCUCUACCACUGAAGAGUAUAAAAUAUAUGAUGACAUGCAAGUCAAACCCGGAAAGGCCUCCUCCGUCAUUCAUCUGCUCUCCGCGCUUGGGUGGGAGUGUUUUCCAUGCAAUUGCUGCGGAUGGUACGGACGCGGAAAAGGCCUCUGUAGAAGCGAAGGGUGUCUUCCGAUAUCUGCAAGAACUAUGGCCGGGGGAAGAACAUAUAAAUGCUUGUGACAGAAUGGGCGUCUCCCCAUUAGGGAUUUCAGUGGCACGCUCUAAGGUAGACCUUAUUAAUAUGAUGAUUGCGGCAGGCGCAGACCCAAACUUGGGCCCACUGCCGCCCCUAUAUUGUGCGUUGGUAAAUCAAAAAUGGGCUAAUGAACAGAUCGGAAGGGUCGCCGGAGGGUGGAUGACUAGACGUACUAAGAAGAUAGCUGAUAACGUCGUCGCGAUUCUUAAGGAGGCCGGCGCGUGGGUAGAUAUAGAUCCCCAUACCGGUUUUCCCAAAACGUUUGGCAUGGAGGAAGUAUUACGGAGAAUGCCAGCGGAGGUGUGCUCGCCAUAUUCAAUUGAAUGGCCAUUUAACUCACUGUUUGGUAGGAUUUCGAGAUGUGUUAUAAGAUGUUAUUGGAUGGGUCUAGGGAUAGUGAGGCUGGUGUCACUGAAAGAUAUGGCCGGGAGGCAAAUGGACGGAAGGCCAGGGAGUAUUCUAUGGCUUUACCUGCCACUAAUCCAGCUAGACGAGCCCUUCCGCUCCUAUUAGGAGAACUGGCUAGCCGACCCGGCGCUACGGUAAUCAUGGCGAUUGAGUUUUCGGCUGAAAAUAUGCUAAAUUUAUUCAGGCUUUGUCGGACCAAGCUGCUAAAACUUCGGAUAGAAACUGGCCCCAAAACACGGCGCCGAGCGCACAGGAAAACGCGCAAUUGAACCAGAGAGAAGGGAGUGAGAGGCGGAAGGAGCAGUCCAGGAAGGCUCCUGGAACGGCAUUGGACAGUACUAAUGGCUCACAGCUACCGAAAGCAAGAUCCAGGGCGUCGCAGUCAAGUGGCCCAGAGAAGUCCUUUAAUCCGGGAAGUGGUAUAUCGCAAUUAUCCUCGUUGGGCAGUAACUCGCUACUACCACCUUCAAGAGAGUUGGAGACAUCUACCGAUGCAUGGUCUCCUUCAAAUAGUUCCUCGUCAGUGCUCGCAUAUAGACCACCUCCAAGAAAGCCAGGGUUAUCUCUUGGAGCACGGCGCGAUAUAUCACGAUCAUUCCUUUCAAAUGUAGCCCCGACGGAGCUACCUUACCGGCAACAUCCUAGGCACUCAAUUAGUUCUCGCGCAUCCAGAUCGCCGCCUCCUUCAUUACUUAAUACCCCUGUACUAAGUUCGCUUUCCCCAAGCUCCCCAGAUAUCUUCUCACCUACCCAUAGAGGUAUCUCCCAGUUGUCGCCAUCAAUGGCCACUCCUGACCCGGGAAAUAAUUGCCCGCCACCCUCACAGCCCGUCCCGGUGCCACUGCACUCCCCGAGUGAGGCCUCUUCCUCAUCGUCGGUGUCUGGAAGCAUGACCAUGCCUACUGUCAUCCGGGAGACACGAUCUGCCCUAGCAGCAUCUUCAUCACAAGCUUUAUCCCAACCCCUCUCCCCUCACCGGGGCAUCUCCCAGCUCUCACCUUCCUUUCAGCAAACCCCGCACACUCCUCACCGGAGCUCUUCUUCCUUCUGCCAAUACAUCCCCCGGACUAUCCCCCACCAAAAGCCUCCACAUGAAAUCCUUGAGUCCCUCCGCCCCGCCAUACUCCCAUUGAUCACCGCUUUGGUAGAUUCCUGCCGCAGCGAUGCCAUCCCACGACGCAAUUUAAAGAUUUGCCUAGAGAGCCAUCUUUGUGUGCCAAAUCUUAUAGACCUCAAGUGGGACCCUGCCGCCCCAUUGGGUAGUAGUUCAGUAAAAGAGCUUCAAUCAGGAGUCAAUAAGAUGCUGAGGGGGUUUUCAAUUGUUAUAAAUUUGAAACUUAGGGUCGAGAUGUGUGGGGAACGUGGGACGAGGACCAUGCUCAGGGUCUUGAUUGACGAAGAUGGAGGUAUUACGGGUGACGAUGGAUGGUUAAGGACCGAGGGGGCGGGAUGGGAGGAUUUGGAGAGAAUUGAGGCAGGAAUAAUGUUUCCUCAGGAGACUUGA